CUUCCGCUCCGCCCGAGUGGCGCUUGGCGCUUGGCGCGGGCUGGGGUUGACGAGGUCCGGAACCUAUCGGCAGGUCUCUCCAGUCUUGGGACCAUGGCCACCGACUCUUGGGCGCUGGCGGUGGACGAGCAGGAAGCCGCUGUCAAGUCGAUGAGCAGUUUGCAGAUCAAAGAAGAAAAAAUCCAAGCAGACACAAAUGGUGUUAUCAAAACCAGCACCUCUGCGGAGAAGACAGAGGAGGAAGAGAAAGAGGACAGAGCUGCUCAGUCUUUGCUCAACAAGCUGAUCAGAAGCAAUCUUGUGGAUAACACCAACCAAGUAGAAGUCCUGCAGAGGGACCCAAGCUCGCCUCUCUACUCAGUGAAGUCUUUCGAAGAGCUUCGUCUGAAACCGCAGCUCCUCCAAGGAGUCUAUGCCAUGGGCUUCAAUCGACCAUCCAAGAUCCAGGAGAAUGCGCUGCCCAUGAUGCUUGCUGAACCGUGAGUACAGACCCAGCUGUACCUCUUCACAGGGGAUUUUGAGUUCAAGACCAGACUGGACUG